AUGAGUCUGCCACCCGGCACAAAGCCACUGGGGGGCGAGCCAGGAUCGAUGGAGCUAUUCACGAACUUAAUGGCGGCGCUGUUCGGAAUCAGCCCUCCUGCACCGGGACCGGCAACUGCAGCCGAUCCCGCGCUCGACCCGACCGGUCACGCAGCGUACGCCGCGCAAAUCGCCACCAUCAAGCGCCAGAAUGCCGAAGCCUUCGCUCAACAGCAGCUCCGCGCAUGUCGAGCCGAGCAGUCGGUCGAGGAAGCCCUGUCGCCGCUCGCCACCAAGCACACGAGCCUCCCCAUCUACUCGCUCACCCCGCGUCAGGCCACCGACUACACACGCAGCUCGACGCGCUUCACCGCCUACCAAGCCCGGCGCUUUCGCCAAGAGUUGGUCAAGUUCGACGACGAUAUUCCGGGAAGAUUGAAGGCGAUGGCCGAGUGGGGCGACUUUAUGCUCACCUCCCUGAUUGGGGCCGACUGGCCCGUUGUCACGCAGAAGCACCCGAGCGCGUUUGCUACACCGAGCAGCGUCUAUUCAGAUGCGGGCGGGUAUGGAGUUACGAUGCGAUAUGGUCCUCCCGUAGGUCCACCUGUGACGGGUCAGACGGACGCCAACGGCUGGACCACUCUAUACCAGGCCGCGGACUAUGAUGCUAACGGAGUGCGAAAGACUCCAGCUCCGCGAACCAGCAAGAAGGUGAGCAACGCGAAGAAAGCAAUCGGCGACGCAGUCAAGGCCAGUUCGACGGCUCCGUCUCAAACUCCUUCUGGAGCAGCCAAGAUGCCGUCAAGCAAGCAUGACGCCGUUUCCGGCAAGAGCAAGGCUGAUGCUGCCAAAAAAGCCGAGCCGAAGGUAGGGCACGACAUGGGAAAUGAUGGAAGCUCGCAGUAUCGCCAGGACGACACUUCGUUCCAGGCCAUCAUGCGGGAGCUGCAGAGCAACGAAGCUGUCAUGCAGGGUAUCCGCGACUACGAGCAGGAGAAAAGGUAUCAAUGGGGACUGGACAUCCCUCCCGAAUACUGGGACUACUACGACGAGGAUGGCAACUACAUCUUUGGCUUGGAUCGCGGCGACAACCAUCCCUACGGCGGAUACCGUGGUCCUCGGGACGCGGACGACUACAGCCUCACUGCCCUCGGCGAAGACCCAUACGACAGCGAUCUUAUCGACCUAGGCUUCGACGAUGAUGACGUGUACGGUGACUAUGGCGGCACGAUGGAGGAAAUUAUGCUGGCAGAACGAGCUCGACGAGCACAGCAAGCCGAGACGAAGCCGAUCAAGAAAAAGAAGAAGAAGAAGGUCAAGAAGACCGGUGCCUCAGUCGCAGCGCCCGACGGUGUGAGUCGCGGCGAAAAGGAACAGGACAAGGUGGCAGGAGGUGACAACGGUGCAAGCUCGACGUCGUCACAGAACAGCACUGGUGCAGGCAAAGUAGGUCCUACCAGCUGGUCCGGGAUUGGCGUCACCCUCGCUCCUCCUCCGAAGUCGUCUGCGGCCUGGCAAAAAGUCAGGAUUGUGCCAUCCGUCCCCACGCCACCCAGACCCUCCGCCACAACCACUACGUCAUCUGUCGGUCUCGGCCUAGCCGGCUCUCCGCUCAAACCAGGCAAAUUCAGCUACUCUUUUCCCGACACCGGCACGAGCCCUGCAAGCGACACAAAGCCGAAGAGCAAGGGUCCCACGGCUGAAGAGCUGAGGCGCGAGUUCCUGCAAAAGUCCGAGGGCGUCCUUGCAAAGAUGAAGGCCAAUGCAUCUCGGCACCAACAGGCAGGGACGAGCAUCAAUAAAAAUUCUCCUUUCGGUUCUGGUUCCGACGACGCCUUCAAGCUCUCUUUCAAGGUUCCUGGUCCGACCAACACCGUUGAUGCAGGAAGAUCCAAAGAGACUAGCAGUGGUGCGACGUCAACAACAACAGGUGUCACGACCGCCAAGAGCCUGGGCGGUGCCAUCCGUUCCGGAAAAGCAAACUAUCCAGCUGCACCAGCCCCGCUGAAGGCGACUCUCCAAAACGACCUGCAUCCUGGUGGCGGCAAACGAAGGAAGACCAACGAGAUCAGCCUGAGCGAGCCUGGCGCCUUGCCUGCCUCGACCACUGGGACCGAUGCCAAGCCGGUCAAGAAGGGCUUCAAUGCCACAUCGACUCUGACGACAACCGCUCCCGCAACCAAAGCCUUUGCCCACCCUCAGCAAGCCGUCAAGAAAGCAGGGAAGCGAGUGUCAACCAAAUCGACCGGCAACUCUACUCCAGCUUCGGCAUCGACUGCGGCGAACGCCAAAGGCCAAACAAAAGUGCAACCUCAUCAUGUUCACACGACGCAAGGACCACAGAAGAUCAAGUACCAAAUGGUCGUCUUCAGGAAGCCUUUCAUGCCGAGCAAGCGUCCCCGUCGAGAUUGUUGGCACGCAUGGGAAUGGCUGUGA